GCCAGAUAACCGCACGUCAUCUCCAUGCGCCUCUCAAGGCAAGUAAACAUUUCCGCUGUGUCGCGAUCGCGAUGGACUCAAACAAGGACGAAGCGGAGCGGUGCAUUAAAAUAGCCCUAAUUGCGAUCAACAACAAGCAGCCCGACAAAGCCAGGAAGUUUCUAGAGAAGGCCCAUCGCUUAUUUCCGACAGAUCAGGUCAAAAACUUAUUGGAGUCGUUAGUGCAUAAUGGAAAGCCUCCAGAUGAGAAUGGCAGUCCUGUAAACGGAGACAGACCCACUAUGAGGCACCGCAGCCACGGAGAGGAGCCUGAUGGGUCCGCCCCGCGAGCCACAGACUCGGCUAAAUCCUACACCGCAGAUCAGCUGGAGGCUGUCAGAAAGAUUAAGAGCUGUAAAGAUUAUUACCAAAUUUUGGGGGUUGAAAAGACCGCCUCUGAGGAGGAUCUUAAAAAGGCUUACAGAAAGCUGGCUCUAAAAUUUCACCCUGAUAAAAAUCACGCACCUGGAGCCACAGAGGCAUUUAAAGCUAUUGGUAAUGCCUAUGCCGUGCUGAGUAACACUGAGAAACGAAGGCAGUAUGACCAGUAUGGAGAGGAGAGAUCAAACACAAACAGACACAGACACCAUCGUGAUUUUGAAGCCGACAUCUCACCGGAGGACCUCUUCAACAUGUUCUUUGGCGGAGGCUUCCCAUCGAGCAAUGUACACGUUUACAGAAAUGGAAGAAUGCACUUUGCACACCAUAAUAGACAAGAAAGACGAGAGCAGCAGAGAGAUGGAGGUCUAGCUCUGUUUGUCCAGCUGAUGCCCAUCCUAAUCCUCAUCAUUGUUUCUGCUCUUAGCCAGAUGAUGGUCACCCAGCCUCCCUACAGCCUUAGCUACCGCCCGUCUGCUGGACAUAUUCACAAAAGGCAUACAUCGAAUCUGAAAGUGCUUUUCUAUGUGGGCGAACGUUUCAAUGAAGAAUAUGCUGGGAAUAACCUGAAGAAUGUUGAGAGAAGUGUAGAAGAAGACUACAUCUCUAACCUCAGAAACAACUGUUGGAAGGAGAAGCAGCAUAAGGAAGGCUUACUGUAUCGUGCUCGUUACUUUGGAGAUUCUGGGUUGUACCAAAGGGCACAGAGAAUGGGGACUCCCAGCUGUUCCAGACUAUCUGAGAUUCAGGUUAUAAUGGAUGGUUAAAACCACUUGCGCACAUAUGGGUUCGUCGGUACUUGAAUCUAAUUAGAAGAAAUCGGUCAGAGCCCACUCAAAUUGGAACAUAUUUCUGCAGCAAAC